GUUUCAAUCGAAUCGUGCGCGUUUAUUGGUCAAUCCUGCACCGCCUCCAUCUUCUUCCUGCCCCCCUUUCUCUCCUCAUAAACACAUCAUUUGGUGCUUCACACGAAGGACCAUACACGCAUAAACAAACAAGAAUAAAAGGCGCUCGAAAGCAGUAGAGGAGAAGAGAACAAGGAUGUUUUUCGUUGACCGGCCCCAAAGCAUUCCACGACCGGACAUCGGCUCACAACUCGAUGCACUGAACGUCGAUUGGGAGGUUCUCUCCAGCGUCGGAUCCGUGAUUUCCGUGGGAACAGAAGGCAUAACGUAUGCCGGUGUGGUCAAGUUAGGUGAUGUAUGCCAAACCGAACGGAUCCAUCAGGGUGCUCCUGGUCGUCCGUCAACCAAGCCGAAGAAACCCCGCAAAGCGAAGGCAGCGGAGGAGGACGGGCUGAACACCGACGAAUAUGACGCCUUCUUCGUCAUGGAAGGGGUCAAGGGUGCCCGUGGAGGGCGGACGAGCUUGAUGUUCAAGGGAAACCCCAAAACGCAGAAGCCCCGAAAAAAGGAACGCAAACAUAGAUAAAGAUAUCUAAUCCGAGUAUGUUUGCAACAUGUACACGUAAUCUGAUAUGGAACAUUUUACAAGACUAUAGGUUUACAUGGGGCAUCUGUUGCGUGCGUGU